AUGGCUGUGCAUAUAAUCAUUGGAGAAACUGCAGUGUUUUGUCUACAAUUAGCAACAAAAGAUUUUGAAAACCAAGAAAAAACAAUAUUAACUGGAGACUGUUGUUAUAUAAAUCCACUGGUGCGCAGAACCUUCAGAUUCCUUGGCAUUUAUGCAUUUGGACUGUUUGCAACAGAUAUCUUCGUAAAUGCUGGACAAGUAGUAACAGGGAAUCUUGCCCCACAUUUUCUUGCACUUUGUAAACCCAACUAUACAGCACUUGGAUGUAAACAGUACACACAAUUCGUCAGUGGGGCACAUGCCUGUACUGGAAACCCAGAUCUUAUAACGAAAGCCAGAAAAACAUUUCCAUCCAAAGAAGCAGCUCUAAGUGUAUAUGCAGCAAUGUAUCUGGCCAUGUAUAUUACCAACACAGUAAAAGCCAGAGGAACAAGACUUGCAAAACCUGUUCUGUGUUUGGGCUUAAUAUGUCUGGCCUUUCUUACUGGAAUCAACAGAGUAGCAGAGUAUCGAAAUCACUGGUCAGAUGUGAUAGCAGGAUUUCUAAUUGGAAUAUCUAUAGCAGUUUUUUUGGUUGUAUGUGUGGUAAAUAACUUUAGAGGAAGACAAACGGAACAUGAACAUUCACAUAUGGACAGUCUGGCUCAGAUGCCAAUGAUCAGCAUUCCACGAGUAGAAAGUCCUUUAGAAAAGAACCACAUCACGGCCUUUGCAGAAGUCACAUGAUGUUGAAGCAGACGUGUAUUCACUGCACUGGACAUCAUCUCUUUUCACAGUCCGCUCAUAAAAAUUGAAGUGUUGAAAAUAAGAGAGUAAAAAGUGUCUGGUUUGUAGCUUGAUUUCUUUUCACAUUAUUAGAACUACAUCAGCAUUUGAAGAAUGCUUCUUAAAUAUUUAAAGUUCACCUUACUUUUCAAUAGAAGCAUUACAUUAUUUUAUUUUGGGGGUGGGAAGGAAUCUAAGCACUAGUCACAUUUGUAUUUCAAUGCCCUCUAUUUUUGGCUAUUUAUCAUUUUUAAUUAUUCAUGUAUCUAUUCAGCAGUAUUUCAUAUUAUGAUUGAUUUGGUUUUUAAAAUCUAAGUUUUUAAUUCAGCAUGACAUUGUUUCCAUUCAGGCAGAUUUAAAUGUAGAAAAACUAUAACAAGAUUUACAUUCUGUACUAAGAUGCUGUUUGCACACUGUAUUAUGCUAUAUUUCAUGUAGGAUAUCAUUCAGACCGUAUGUUAUAUGUAAGAAUGGUGCUUCUGCUUUUGAAGAGGGAAAAAUGCCAAUUUUUACUGUAAUAAGUAUUGUAUCAUAAUUAAAAGUUUAUUUAUUUGGAUAUUUUCCUGACUUAAUUGUAGUUAAAUUGUUGUUUUUGUAGUUCCUGAUUGUUUUGGAUGAUGUACAUUGUAUCUAGGAUAAAAGAAGAGAGAAAACAUAGGAAUUUGGCUAUUGCUAUAUCUUUUAUUAUUAAUGAUAGGUUAAGGGCUCCAUUCUGAACUCCACCAUAUCUUAAUUGUUUUUCACAAUUAGCAUUAAGAAUAGAGAUAUCACUAAUCAUUGGAACUAAUUCACAUUUUGUCCCACCAUUUUUAUUGUGCAUCUCAGGGAGACCACUAGGCAUGAGAGAGAGUGA